GUUCCCUCCGCUCCCUCCGCUCCAUCACCUCAUACCCAUUCCUUUGCCCUCUCUUAUCAUGGCGACUACCCCACAGCCACUUUCUGGCAGCCUCUCACUGCCGCUCCACACCUCAUUUCAAUCCUCGUCCGCCCUCUGGUGGCCAUGCCCUGCCAACAAACGGCCGAAGGUAUUCCUCCUCUUUAUCCCCGGCAACCCAGGGCUGAGCAGCUAUUAUAUUCCCUACCUGGACGCAAUUCACUCCUCCGAGGGACUGGAGGGGCAAGUCGAGAUCCUUGCAGUCAGUCAUCGAGGCCACUCAAAGCUACCCGCCAGCGCUGAGGCCGCCGCGUGGGAGGAGGCCAAGCAGAGUAAAGGCCCCGCAGCCAAAGGGACCGGGACCACAUUGCACGACCAGAUCGAGCAAAAGGUCGACGCAGUGAAGGCUAUUCGUCAGCUUUAUCCCGAGGGGCCAGAAGACCCGCAGCGUGUCAAGCUCGUCCUCGUGGGCCACUCGGUCGGCGCAUACAUCUCUUUGCGCGUCCUCGAACGGCUAGGCGAUCAAGUUGACGGGGUCCAGCUCCUCUUUCCCACGGUGAUCCACAUCGCUCGCACGCCCAAGGCGCGCUCACUGCCUCUCCAACUGGUGACCUCACCACUCGCUCAAGCGCUUGUCCUCCCGCUCCCGCUCUUCAUCCUCUCCCUCCUCCCAACUCUUCUCCUCGCAACCAUACUCCGCCUCCUCACCGGUUUGGAUGCGCGUGCCGGGUCCCCUGGUCUGUCAAGUACCCUCGAUCUCAUCACAACUCCGCGUGCCCUACUCAGCGCAGCACAAAUGGCAAGCGACGAAUUCCGCCUCAUCCGAGGGCUCGACCCCAAGAUUCGGCAAGCUGUAUCAGCUCUCGAGGCUCGUGGCGGAACAUGCCGCGCCUACUGGUCCCGAGGUGAUGAUGACGCGUGGGCCCCAGCGGCUUCAAGACGUGAUUUGGAGAAGGAGUUGGGCUUGAGCAGGGUUGGCGUACCUCCCGAUGUGGCUCUUCCACUUGUCGCAGCGGACGGCUCUGCCGAGGGGUCUGGAAGGAGGAGUAGGGCCUCGUUGCUCAGGUCGAGGACGCUCCAGAUCGGGGGAACGCUGACGAGGGCUGCGGGCAGGAAGCUGGCUGGAGCUGCUAGGAGGACGGGAGGGCAGGGACACCGCAAGAGUGGGUCUAAAGGGGGCAGCAUUGGUGGCUCGUCGUCAUAUGCUCAGGUGGCUGCGAAAGAGAUGCCUGCUACACCGACCAAGUCCGGCGGUGGUGGCAGGCCGACCUCAUCAGGCAACGGAGCAGGCAAAAGUACAGCCCUCGAGGAUCUCUUCUCUGCUACCGGCACAAAAGAAGCCCAUGCAUCCAGCUACGUCACCUCCCCAGGCUCCGUCACCUCUCCAACACAGCAGCGUCAACGCAUCAUCCCUCUCACGCCCUCCUCCCCUCAGACCUCCCUCAAGGGACCUAUCCUCGCAAGCUCGCCACAGCAAGAACGCCAUAAUCCCACUAUGGCAGGCGGUGCAAACCCGGAAGAUGAGGCGCUGAAGCAGCGCAGGAUGUCUUCGCUCUCCCGCGCGCGCGCGAGAAGGAGCAUAGACGGGACCAUCACUCUCGAACUGCCCAAGGGACAAGAUUGGAGCUUCCUGGCCAACGCUGCUGCCGCUGCCAACGAUGGUGCAGGAUCCGCGAUUGAGGAGAGUGAUGGCGAUGCUACGGAUGUGGAGAGUGUCAAGGCUGUGGGCAAGUUGAGUGCUGCACUCAGCCUUGGAGUGGGGAAGGAAUCAGAGGGACCGCGAGCAACGAGUACGGUUUGCAAGGUGGGGAUGCCCCAUGCUUUCUGCUUGAGGCAUGGAGUGGAGAUGGGACGUAUUUCGAGUUGGUGGGUGCAGAGGGAUUUUCUGCCGCUCGCGGAGGUAAAGCAGGAGGAGGGGGAGAAGUAGUCUCGACGCGCAGACUUGCUUUCUGCUGAACCUCUGGUCACUCUGCGAAGGAGCUUCUGUCACUACGAUUGUGAGCCAAACAAGGUAUAUAGUGUAUCAUUCAAUGUGGAGUGUUAAGAUGACGAGGUUGCUGGC